AUGACCGGCAGGCGAUAUGUGACCGAGCACGUUUGUUCAGAAAAUGUGAAUGACAGACGCAGGCCGUCGUUGAUGAGUUCCAAAAUGGCCCAACAAAUGAACAUCCAGCGCGGCAAGCGCUCAGCCGCCGAGUUGCCAAUCAAUGAUCUAUCGUUGUUUUCGACUUGGCUCCUAAACACGGAUGCAAUGCCGUUUGGGAUCUUGGCUAUGAUGAUGAAAUUUCAGUCCGAGGCCGAAGUCGACGCGGAGGCGUGGAUAGUAGCGGAUUACGCUCUGUGA